CAUAUAAUUUCAGUCAACGACGGACUUUCGAACAGAAACAUUCGGUUAUAUGCUAAAUGACGGUUGAAUUUUAUUUUUUUUCUUGGACAUUCGGUACAUUCCAUCCCAAUAUAGUGAAUGAAAAAAGUGCAAUUUAAUUGAGUCAAUAUUUUACAUUUAAUGAAAAUGAAAUAUUGAAAUUAAAGUGACGAUAACGAUUAAUCGAUUACGAUUUAAUGAGUUAUUUAAAAUUUGAGAUAAAAACUGAAUGCAAAGUUUUUUAAAAUUGUUCUCACUAAAAAAAACUGCAUAUCAGAGUGAAUUUGAAUGUAUCUCUAAGUUAUUAGAUACAAAAAAAAAAAAAAAAACAAAUGUAAUGUUAAGUUAGGGAAAUCGAUAUAAGUUGCAUUCUUGUAUCUUGUCUAUCGAUAUAAUUCUAUUUAUUCAAAUUGUGACCUAGAAAACCCGCGACGACUUUACAAAGUUGUUCUGCUUUGGAUUUCUAGUUUAAAUUUUGUAUUUUUUUUUCUUGCUUCAUUCUUUGGAGCUCUGUUUACAUCUUGUUCUCGUAAAACGCGAACAACAUAGCAAAACAGAAAAAACUAAUAAAAAUAAAAGAAGAAAAACAAAAAAAGUUAAAAGAGAGUAUAUAGAUAUCAUGGCUACAGUUAGAAGAGCUGGACCACCAGUUCCUCCGCGGCCUCAUGCGAUUCUAUUAAAAACACGUACUGUAGAUAUUGGAAGAGCCUCUUCAUCGAUAACAGCAUCAUUGUCUAAUCGUUCGAUAACACCAUCAGGAGUUAAAUCAACUGUAUCUUCUUCCAUUUCUUCGUCACCAUCUUCUUCAUCCAGACCAGAAGAUGGUAGAACCGUUGUCUAUAAAUCGCCAUCUUUCAAUUUGCAAAAAAGGCAAGAACAACGUGAAAAGAGGUACUCUUUCAAUACAGCCGAUGGCACUUGCGGUGGUUCAUCGACGAUACUGAUUGAAAGGGGAUAUGUCCCACCACCGCAGCUUCAGGCAAAACCUUUGGUGGCUUCGAAAAAACCACCAAAACCAACUGCUCCAGUGCCAAAAAAUGUCAAAGCAGACAAUAGCCUCUUGAAUAACAAUAACAAUACAUCGUCAUUGUCGUCGUCGUCAAUCGAUAACCACCACCGAACAGAGGUUGUUAUCGUUGAGAAUAAUAACAAUGGUAGUCCUGUUUUGGCAAAUCCUCCACAACCCAAACCAAGGACAUUGAUAUCGAAGGCUCCUGGGGGGUUUUUGCGUCGUUCGAAGACAACGCUUGAUAAUUUCACGAGGUCGACUAUUACUAUUGCAACUAUAUCGAAUGGUGACGCUAACAAUAAUAAUAAUAACGACACUGACAAUGGAAAUACGCAAUCUCGGAAUGGCUUCAUGUCAGCUAAGACAUUCGACAUCAAGAAUAAUUUGAAAAAUGCCGCCGAAAGGUUAUUCUCAGAAAUUGUUAGUCACUCGAAGGACUCCAAAAGCCAAACGAAAAUAUCUACCAAUUCACCUUCAUUAAAUCGAAGUGAGUCAUGGAAGACGACAACAGCUAAUGGGGAGCCUCUCCCUGGCACCGAUCUCGAUCAAAAUGGAAAUAAUUCUUCUCCUCAAAUUCUUGCUUCAUCCCCAACUAAGCCUAAACUUGAAGAUCCCAUACCGCCAGAGAAGAAAAUUGUCUUCCACGAAAUGCUUAUCUCUGAAUUGGCUGCCAUGCGUCAGCGAUCCAGUUCGGUUGAUCAAUUGAAUACACGAUCGGAUUAUAGCUUUCGUGAUGGUAGAGAUCUUGGAGGAGACAAGUCGGAAGAUGAUAAAAUCUUUGAAGCUAGAUCUGAAAAGUCUAUGGAUGAUAAAUCAAUGGAUGAUAGUGGCACUGGUAGUGCUCUAACACUUCCAUUGCAUGGCGGUUUGAAUAAAAUUAAACGAGCUAGACAACGUUGUCCAUCGGGAUGUUCGACAGAUUCGUCGCCAUGCGGGCCAGAGAGCUCACGCAUACGUACAUCCGAUUGGAUUGAGGUUGGUGAAAAUGGCAAGGAGGAAGUAAUGACAAGCUGUCAUAUAAGUUUAGAAGAUUCUGGGAUGGAGGAUGAGGAGAGACCGGAUGAUGGUUCAUCUGGUGUUGGGGAUUCGUGGGAUAGUGUGCAAGAGGCGAAAAAAGAGGAAGAAGAGAGGGAGAUGCGAAUUAAAGCAAGACGACAAAUAUCAAUGGCAGACCUUCCGCCUUUGCCAAAAAGUCUCAGUACUCAUUUAACUUUUAACGAGCCAAACAAUGCUGAAUGUGAGAAUGGAAAUGAAACAAAUAAUAAUGGAACUUCUGAAGUAAUUGGAACCACUUUGGACAAACAAUUGUCAGUUCUACGAAAAGAAAUGUAUGGAUUAAGGCAACUGGAUAUUUCUCUUCUAUCCCAACUGUGGACACUAAAUGAUUCCAUUCAAAACUUCCGAACAAUGAUAGACGAUGAAGAAUGCUAUUCCCCAUCGCCAGCACAUUCACCAUACCCAUCACCAUACGACUCGGUAUCUUCAGAUGCUGAAGAAGAUCUUUCGCCCUCCAUUCAGAUUCAAAUUCACCAAUACCCAUCGGAGAUGGAUGUGUUGAGUCAAGCUGCAAAACAAACAUCCUCCUCUUUGCAUUCAUCACAUGCUAGUCUCACCAUGACAACAACACAUCAACCGGAAAUGCGAACUGCAAUGCCUACUGCAAUUACUACACAACCAACAUCUCGAAUCUCAAUGCCCCCAACACCUACCCCAAGAAGCCCUAUCAAAUCCUUACCACCCGUAUCAUUGCCAAGGCAGAUAAAUUCCAAAUCCCUGCCUCCACCUCCAGCCCCGCCAGCAACAAAACCACCAGUGGAAAGGCUUUCACUUAGGCCCUCACAAUCCUUCCCAGCAACCACUAAUGGAAGCAAGUUUCCAUCAUCAGGAUCUAUUUCUCAUUUGCAGAUGCCAGUGCCAGUGCAAAGGAUGCGUAUUGCACCACCUCCACCACCAGUUCAGCGACGAGCUUUGGUGUCACCGGGGAGGCCAUCUUGAUGUUAUCCUUCGGAAUUCCUUGCAUCUGUCAAAUUGGCCAUGUGCAAAGUUUUUCAUGACAACAGUAAUGAUGAUGUUGUUGAUUAAAUUUAAAGAAAUUAAAAAACAAAAAUGCGGAGCAAGGAAAUUAUACGAUAGCUUCAAAUGAUUUUUUUGAUUUGUCGUGCGUUGUGAAGAAAAAGACAAACGAAAAAUAUAUGCAAAUUAUGCUUAUAACAAAUUUUAUGUAAAAAGACAAAUUAUUUAAAUUUAAAAUGUUUUAACAAUUUUAAUUAUUAUAAGAAAAAUUAAAACAAUCAGUAAGAAAAAAAAAAAUACAUAAAUAAAAAUUAAUUCAAAUCACUUUAAAUAAAAUAUUUUGUUUUCAGUGCAUGUCAUAUAAUAUUGUUAUUAAAUAAUAAAAAAAAAAACAUGGCUUUAGCAGCAUGAAAACAAGUUAUAGAGCUGUAAGCUUUUAAAGCAAAAACAAAAUUACAUAUAUAAUAAGACUUUAACAGCUUCUUUUAAUUAAAAAAGAAAAUUUACUCAAAAUCUGUUGAUUUAUUUUAAGGCUU